AUGUGUGGAAAAAAUAAGACAAAAGUCACAGAGUUUCACCUCUUGGGAUUCUGCAAUCUUAAUAACUUUAGAAUUUUAUUUUUCAUCGUCCUACUUGUCAUUUACACUGUGAUAGUGGUCGGGAACCUUUUGAUCAUCCUAUUGGUGUCAUUUAUUGACCAUCUACAGAUUCCAAUGUUUUACUUCCUCAAACAUCUAGCUGUGGCCGAUCUUCUUCUCACCACCACUGUGGUACCAUUUAUGUUGGACAUAAUACUUAAGGAGGGAGCAGUCAUUUCUGUCAUUGUUUGCCUCUUUCAGCUUUUUUGUUUUGGUAUUUUUGUGACUAUUCCGUGUUCCCUGUUGGCCGUAAUGUCUUAUGAUCGAUAUUUAGCUAUCUGCAACCCCCUUCAUUAUACCUUUUUGAUGAACCCUAAGAGAUGUGUGCAGCUCAUCUUUGUAUCUUGGUCUUCGGUGGUCAUUGUAGUGUCAAUUGAAAUGGUCUCAAUAAGUCAGUUUGAGUUUUGUGGCCUGAAUACUAUUGACCAUUUUGUCUGUGAUCUUCACCCAAUUGUAGAAUUAUCAUCUUCUGAUACCUCUGUUUUCAUAAUGGAAGACUUUAUCUUCUCCAUCAUCAUAGUACUCUGUCCAUUUGCUUUCAUUAUUAUGACAUAUAUCUACAUAUUUAUCAUUAUAGUGAAUAUUUCUUCCUCCACUGGAAGAAAAAAAGUCUUCUCCACAUGUAGCUCCCACCUGACCACAGUGUGCACCUAUUAUGGGACCCUCAUCACAGUUUACAUAAUUCCAUCUGAUAAUAGCCAUAGUGAUGUGAAUUUGUACCUAUCUCUUCUGUAUUUUGUGGUGACUCCAUUUAUGAACCCAAUUAUCUACAGCCUAAAGAACCCGGAAAUCAAAAGAGCUAUGAAGAAAGUAGUGAAAAGAACCAGAAUAAUAAUGAGGGGACAAUAA